AUGGCGCCAGAAAGCAGAGAAUUUGCUCUUAGUCCGCAGAACGAGUUCCGAUUCGAGUUAGAUCCUGGUGAGACUCUUUCGCUGAAGCUUCUUACUGGUCGUGCUGAACUAUAUGGUGCUGAGCUCCCACAAGAACGAACCUAUACUUUCGCGUCCGAAUAUAAGGGCGCCGUGUUUACUUGGCAUGGAUGUACUUUGGAGAUGAGGCAUGCCUCCACUGAAUAUGUAGCUGAAGAAACUCCGAUGGUCUCCUAUCUGAACUGUCAUAUUGCUUCAGAGCAAAUGCGCGUGCGAUCAUCCAUCGCUCGUCGACAUGGCAUCGGGAACCAAACCCAGGCCCCACGCGUUCUCAUGCUUGGGGCAGAAAAUAGUGGCAAAACAACACUUUGCAAGAUCCUGUUGAAUUAUGCUCUCCGUGCUGGGCAGAGUUGGUCGCCGUUAAUCAUCAACCUCGAUCCGUUGGAUGGCGCUUGGACUGUGCCAGGAACUUUGUCUGCAUCUCACUUCACCUCCCCGGUUGUUGUCACUUCAGCUGAUAACCCUUUCGGCACGACCGCCACUUCAGCUCCUGGCUCCUUGUCGUUCGCGGGCCUUUUACCCCUGGUCUUCUGGUUCGGCCACAUCGACCCGAAACAUAACCUGGACUAUAUGCGACGACUCAUUUCUGCGCUUGGGGCGAAAGUAGACCAGCAUUAUCAGGACUAUCCUGAAUUUUCCGCUUCUGGCAUCUUCAUAGAUACUCCGGCCGCAUUCGCGAAUCCCAACCAAUCUCCUGGUCAAAGCAUCGAGAAGUACGCACUGAUAGGGGCAUGUGUCGAAUUGUUUCGUGUUAAUACAAUUAUCGUGAUGGGGAACGAAAAAUUGACUGUGGAAAUGCAGAAGAGAUUUGCGGAUAGCAGGCAUGGCGUUUCCGUCGUUAAAGUUCCCCGCUCCGGAGGGGUUGUCGAUAUCGACGCUGCCUGUCGUCGUCGAUCAGUUGCACGUCAGCUUCGAGGUUACUUCUACGGUGCUCGUCACGCACUUCGAGGAGAGAGAGAGGAGGAUAGUGACUUCGACCCCGAAGCCACUCUCGCACCCACAUCCUCAGUGGUCAGUUUUGACGGUCUCCACAUAUAUCGCAUCGGCGAAGAGAGCCUGGCCCCGUCGUCAGCUCUUCCGAUUGGAGCCCCACGUGCGAUCUCGACCACCCAGCCCAUUGUAGUGGACCCGUCUUCCCCGAUGCACCAGUCUCGCCUACUAAACGGGGUGCUCGCCCUCCUUGGUCCUUCCGCAUUGUCGGUUGUCCAGAACGACCUCAGUCAGCUUUUGGAGUGCAGUGUUGCAGGGUUUCUCGUUAUAACCGCAAUAGAUCAAGACCAAAGGACAAUGACGGUCCUUGCACCAUCUGCCGCGAGUGUAGAAGGCCGCAUAGCUAUUUUAGGCUCUAUAGAAUGGGUUGAAGGGUGA